AUGUCCGGAAAUCACAAAGCAAUCAAAUACCCUUCUGAAUAUGUGAAGCUCAAUAUCGGCGGUUCUUUACAUUAUACCACUUUAGGAACACUCCAAAAACAUGACACUAUGUUACGUGCUAUGUUUAGUGGCCGCAUGGAAGUUCUUAGAGAUCCCGAAGGUUGGAUACUGAUAGACAGGUGUGGAAAGCAUUUUGGAACAAUCUUAAAUUUCUUAAGGGACGGUUCAGUUCCAUUACCAGAAAGCACCAGAGAAAUGGCAGAAUUACUUGCGGAAGCAAAAUAUUAUUGCAUUACUGAAUUAGCUCAAUCCUGCGAACAAGCUCUUCUUCGAAAAGAGAGGGAAGCAGAACCAAUUUGUAGAAUUCCACUUAUCACUUCUCCAAAAGAAGAACAAUUACUAAUUAACAGUACUACUAAACCAGUAGUAAAGUUGCUUGUUAAUAGGCAUAAUAACAAAUAUUCAUAUACAAGUACAUCAGAUGACAAUCUCUUAAAAAACAUAGAAUUAUUCGACAAAAUGUCCCUUAGAUUUGGUCGUAGAGUAUUAUUUAUUAAAGAUGUGAUUGGCUCCAGUGAGAUUUGCUGUUGGACAUUUUAUGGUCAUGGUCGCAAAGUUGCAGAAGUUUGUUGCCACUCCAUCGUUUAUGCAACUGACAAGAAACACACAAAGGUUGAGUUUCCAGAGGCUAGAAUUUAUGAAGAAACAUUAAAUAUUUUAUUAUAUGAACAUCGAAAUGGUCCUGAUCAAGAAUUAAUGCAAGCAACGUCAUCGCGCGGUGCAGUCAGUGGUGCACCACCGUGUACAUCAGAUGAAGAAGAGGGUGAGCGUUCAGGCUUGGCUCGCCUUCGCUCCAACAAACAAAACACCAACUGACCCAACCUUACCCCUUUUACUCCUCCCAAUCCAGCGACUCUUAGCGUCGUUCGAGUCCUCGCCCUUAAAACACGAGCUAAUACGAAGUAAGACGUGUGAAAAGGAAGACAUAAACAAAAUUUUAUAUACACAUGGAUACAUAUAUAUAUAAACAUCUACACAUGUAUACUUAUGGGAUAUAUGUAUGUAUUCUCUCAUACAAAAUUGAAUGAACAAUAUGAUUUGAAUUGGUUGUUAGUUGUACCACUAAGUUUCACAUUACAGUCUUACACUGUCGUUUAAUCGAUAUUUAUACAUCCUAAUUAUUUCACAUAUCUGGGAUCAUUUUUAGAACAGAAUGACAAAUUCGCCUUUAUUCAUACAUUCAGUAUAUCCUAAGAUUUAGAAAUAUGUAAAAAUAUGAGAAUACGUUUUUGUAUUUCGUAUUUUUAAAAGAAUAUAAAUACGAGUACUAUUUAUGUGCCAAAUGUUCAUGUCAGAAGUGAAUAAGUCGAAGUUGCCAUUCUGUGGUCAAUGGAAUUAUUUACUCCUAUACUCUAUAACAACUUUUAAGCAGUUAUUUGGAGUACUAAAUCAUAUAAAGAAUUUGGACAAUAUAGAAUUGCAUUGUUACCUGUUAUAAGUAUUAUUAUUAUUAUUAUUAUUAUUAUACAAUCAUAUUAUAAUGAUGAUGAUGGUGAUUAUUAUUAUUAACAUAAGUAUAAAGUCGUCGUGUUUAUAUUCUUUUUUUAUAGAACAAAAUUUAUCUGUCAAUAAAUUAAUAAAAUAAAAAAACAUGCCUAUUUGCAUUUUUCAACUCAAAUUCUACUAAACUGCUUAAAGGAUGAUGUGGAGUAAACACUGCCAGUAAAAUAAUUAUAAUGAAACAUAUAAAUUAAUCUGAUAUAAUUUAAAAUUAAUUCAGAUUAUAAUUAAUUCCUUGAUUGUACAAAUAUUGGUCCUUUAUUAUGAACAAGACAUUGACUUUUAUAAGCACAUAAGCUUUGUGUUAAUUUCUGUAUAUCAUUCCAAAAUGUGGUACAUUUUUUUCGUAUUAAUGCUUUUUAUUUUGCUUAUACGCUUCCACUUAUAAAAACAAAUAUAUUAUGAUCCAAAUGAUUAUUGCAGAUUAAUAUCGCAUAUUUUUUUUAAUAUGGUGCAAAACUCCUAUAUUUAAUGAUGGGACCAUAUGUAUUCCAAUUCAUUACUAUUUGCAUUAUUGAAUUCUUGACUCAAAAACUCAUUCUAUUCUCCCGAAUACAAGACGAUAUCUAUGGUAUAUUAUAGUAAUAUAACAAAAUUUCCCAACAAAAAAGAAUUUAAGUUCCUAUAAUUUUAUGUAAGAAAAUUUCGGAAUUAUAGCUAGCGAAUGUGGUUCAUAUUUUGCAUUUAUUAUAAAUCACUACAUUUAAUAGAAUUAUGUAACAUGUAAAUUAAUGCAAUAUAUAUUAUAUUAAUCAAAACUUUAUUGCUGCUUGAAUUUUUCAACCUCACAGUAGAGCACAGUUUUAAUGGCCUUCUCUGUCAGGUAAACCCGACACGAGCUAUGACGUUUCUUCAAAUUACAUAUCUUCAUAUAAAAUAAAUAGAAUUAAUUAUAGUCAAAGAUAAAUUAAAAAUUAUACUGAUCAUUUAUCUUUUC